CGCUGUGCAGUGGGGAGGGUCGUGGGCGUAUUGAUAGGUAGAUACUGGAGGAGGGGCACUGCGAAAGUGGUGGGAACUUCGGAUAUUUGUGCGCUGGCGGAGAGAGCCGUCAGACUUUGGUAUCAUUGGACGGUUGCGAGCGUGAGACGUCGACCCCUUCCGCAAUCCCAAAACUACUUGGUUUGGAUCUGUCCCGAAGCCUAAGGGAGCCACUGUGCACACUGUUCGUGUUGCAGGAGGCAGUGGAAAUUCCAUGAACAAAGGGAGGAGCUUGUCUCGAUAGUUGGAUCAAGCAAUUUAUCAUUAAUGCUGGAUGGUAAUUCCCAGGUUGUUGGCCCUCUGGUUUCAUGAUUGCUCAUGAAGAUUGUUUUUGAAAACUGAGUUGAAGCGUGAAGGAGUUGCAUGCCCUCUGCAUGUUUGAAACCCUUGGCUAAAGAGUUAGGAACCCAGUUAUUGAAAUCCCACAUUGAUUUUGAAGUGUCCUUCAAGAGCAAGUUUACAAACAUCUACUGAAGUUGCUUGUUGUCCAAGACUCACAUACCCAGUCAUUGUGGCGGAAUCAGCAAGCUUUAGAAGAUGGCGUCUAGAAGGUGGUUCCACCCCAACAUCACGGGCCUGGAGGCGGAGAAGAUGCUGAAGAUGCGUGGCUUCAGCGGUAGCUUCCUAGCCCGGCCGAGCAAGUCGAACCCGGGCGACUUCACGCUCUCCGUCAGACGAAAUGAUGAAGUGACCCACAUCAAGAUACAGAACACGGGCGACUUCUACGACCUGUACGGCGGCGAAAAGUUCGCCACGCUCACCGAGCUCAUCCAGUUCUACAUGGAGAACCAGGGCCAGCUCAAGGAGAAAAACGGCGAGGUCAUCGAACUGCGACACCCGCUCAACUGUGCUGACCCCACCACAGAGAGGUGGUUCCAUGGCCACCUACCGGGACGCGAGGCCGAGAAGUUGAUGCUGGAGAAGGGCAAGAACGGCAGCUUCCUGGUGCGGGAGUCGCUGAGCAAGCCUGGCGACUACGUCCUGUCCGUGAGAACUGAUGAUCGGAUCACGCACGUCAUGAUACGCUGUCAGGACGGCAAGUACGACGUGGGCGGCGGCACGCGCUUCGACAGCCUGGCCGAACUGGUGGACAACUACAAGCGGAACCCGAUGGUGGAGACGACCGGCACCGUGGUACACCUGAAGAUGCCCUUCAACGCCACGCGCAUCAACGCCAGCGGCAUCGACAACCGCGUCAGGGAGCUACAGAAGGAGCACGGACCGACCAACGGCAACAACGCCGGCUUCUGGGAGGAGUUCGAGUCGCUGCAGCAGCAGGAGUGCAAGCACCUGUACUCGCGCAAGGAGGGCCAGCGGCCGGAGAGCCGCAACAAGAACCGAUAUAAGAACAUCUUGCCGUUUGACCACACGCGCGUCAUCCUGCGGGACCGGGGGGCUGGGCCGGGCGCUGAUUACAUCAACGCCAACUACAUCACGGUGGAGUGGACCGGAGGAGGACAACGCUGGCGGGCGAGGGCCCCCACCAAGACGUACAUCGCCACCCAGGGCUGUCUGCCCACCACCGUGGCGGACCUCUGGUGGAUGAUCUGGCAGGAGAACUCGCGCGUCAUCGUCAUGACCACCAAUGAGAUCGAGCGCAGCAGGGGCAAGUGCGCGCGGUACUGGCCCGAGGAGGACGAGGAGAAGACGUACGGCAGCGUGACGGUGACCAACCUGUCCGAGUCCACCAACGUCGACUACACACUGCGCGCCUUCUCCGUCAAAAAGAAGGGGGCCAACGAGGAGCGAAAAAUCUAUCAUUACCACUUCACCGCGUGGCCCGACCACGGCGUGCCGUCCGACCCGGGCUGCGUGCUCAACUUCCUGCACGACGUGAACUCGCAGCAGGAGGGCAUCGCCGGCGCCGGCCCCAUCGUCGUGCACUGCUCGGCCGGCAUCGGUCGCACCGGCACCUUCAUCGUGAUCGACAUGAUCCUCAGCCAGAUCGACCGGCAAGGCCUGGACACGGAGAUCGACAUCCAGAGGACCAUCCAGCAGGUGCGCUCCCAGCGCUCGGGAAUGGUGCAGACCGAGGCCCAGUACAAGUUCGUCUACCUGGCCGUGCAGCAUUAUAUUGAGACGCUGCAGCUGAAGCUUCAGGCGGAACAGGUGAGCCAGAAGAUGGGCCGCGAGUACACCAACAUCCGGUACUCGACGGAGUCGGCAGGCGCGCCGACUGACUCGAAGGAGGCCAAGGCGUUGUCGCGCUCCACCAUGUCGCUGCCGACCAGUCCGUCACCUGUGCCGAGCGUGCCGCUCUCGGCGGCGCCCGAGCGGCAUAUGGCCAGCCGUGCCGUCUCCGAAAACCAGCUGACCAGGUCGCCGGAGCUGACCGACUUCCCGCGCCAGAUCUACGCCAACGUGCCGCUGGCGGGCAAGGAGCGCGCCGCGGCGGCGGCCGCCGCCGGGCCGCCGCCGUUCGCCGCGCCCCGGCCGCCCAAGUCCUGAUGGCCGGCCGCCCGUCCGGCUCUCUGUGAUAUCUGCUGACGCUCUCGGCCCCGGCCACCGGCUCCUCCUCUCCUGUCCUCCCGCGCCGCGGCGGCGGCCUCAUGUCUUUCUAACGGAGCGGCGCGCGGCGGUUUUGUUAGUUCAGUCGGCGUCUGUCGAGUAUUGUCGUUAUUCUGUGAUAUAGUGUCCCGGCAGAGGGUGGCCGUUCGGCCGGCCCCGU